AUGCUGCCUUUCCUCUUCCAUCAAGCGCAAGUCGCUCCCGCGCCUCACUUCGAGGAGUUUCCGAAGCACUGGGAGCCUCCACCUCAGCCUUUGGUCGACGAUCAGAGGUGGAGAGAGUGGUACGUCCGCAUGUCGGUGUUCAUUCAGCGGCUGAAGGGCAAAUAUCCUUGUGGACUUGCAGCAGAGCGACAGUGGCGGAGCGUCGGGACGACAUGGUCUAACCAGGUGCUUGUCGAAAUUCGCCGGGGAUCGGCGACCCUCCAAGGCGUCAGCGACAACCUCUGUCAAGAAUACAAGCUGCAUGGGGGGCAGGCGGCAGAGCAGCAGCCUUCUUGCCAGCCCCCGCAACACACAUGGGCUACUCAGCCACCCAAGAGAAGUGCAAGUGCCAUCAGGUCGAGUAGCAAAACCGUGGAUCAUCCCAUUUCUGCUUCCCCUUCCUCCCCUUCCCACCCCGGCAAUCUGCCCAAGAAGCGGCGAUUCGAUCAGAGGGGAGUACAGGGAGGGAAAAGGGGUGAUAACGUGGGCAGCGGUGAUACGGCACAGACGGGUGGCCAAGUCAUGGAUCCAGAGGCCAUGUUCAACGAGUGGAAGGCUCGAUUCAAAAAGGUCAGAAAGCAAGAGUCCACGUAAGAUUGUGUUUGGCCAGUUCUUGUUGACUUUGCUCCUUGCAUGUCUGUGCGUGCAGAGUGUGGAUGAGGCGUAUGCGGGUGUGAAGCGCAGGCAAAUGCAGAAUAAACUCGACUACUGGCUGAAACCAAAGGAGGAAUACUGGUAGGAGAAACAAAUGUGCGCCUGUGCCAGUCACUACUACGAGCGAUUUCUUUCUUUGCUCCCGGUUGGGCAGGAAGUCACUUGGGGAGUUGACAUCACUCGACUGGUCCGUCAUCCCCUUUCCUCCGCUGUCAGAGAUGGAGAAGGUGCAGCUCGGGAGGCGCAGUUCAGAGGACGACUGGGGAGAGCUAGACAGACAUCGCAAGCAAGUCAUGAACAAACCCACUCCCGGCGUGCAUGUGCAGCAUGGCGGUGACGACAUCGUACCAGGUAAGGGUGGCUCAGGGAAAGCGUCGCGCUCUCGGUCCCCUCGCAGUCGAUCGCUGUCGGAGACCUCGGAGGAAGGGGGGAAAAGUGGCAGAAAAAAGUCGCGACCCGGGUGAGAAAGUAAAGGCAAGAGAACAUGUCAUCACCCACCAUACGAUGAGGAUGUAUGUGAUGCAGGGACGACGAGUACAGUCCUGUGUCCCUCUCCUCGAACGGGAGCCCUUCCCGAGAUGACCGCCCUCCACUGGUGAUGAAGCGGCGGGCCCAGCACAAGGAGUAUGCUGCUGAUUUUAUCCCGUUGCCGAGGGCUGGCGCGAAAGUACCAUGGCGAGCGAAUAACAUAAGGUGGGUACAGGGGAGCCCACGCAUCAGAUCUAUCUAUCUGCUCUCCUUCCUGCAGGGGUGAGGCUUCUGACGGAGACGAUGAGAGUGCCCCAAUGGCCCGAAUCACACCCAAAAGCAAGCCGAAAAAGACCAAACACAAGGGCGUUUACGCACACGUGGUAACAACAGUGAAAGAACACACUUGUCUUUCGUAUCCUUCAGUCACACCGUGAUUGUUUGGUUCUCCUUCCUUUGAUGCAGUGGCGUGGAGUCAUCCAUGCUAAGGAACAUGGUCGACCGCUGACUGGCGAGGAGGGGAAGCGACGUCACGAACGGGCACGUCGAUUCGCAGAAGACCAAGACGCACAGCACAAAGAUAAAGUGAGACCGAAUGAGGACCAACGCGCUUUCUACCUGCAUUUGACGUUGUGGGUGUUUGUGCGUCUUCAGAGCGAUGCACCGAAUGUCUUGAAUCUGGCUCCCACCUGGGAGCAGCGUGACCGCUAUGGCAAGAUAGCAGGGGAGAUCAUUGCACAGCAGGGCAAGGACCUGAAGCAAGGGGAGCAUUUCAAAAUCAUGACGCAAAUACUCAAGUGCAAGGUAUGCAUGUCGAUCGAUAGCCAGAAGAUGGCUUAUAUGUGUCCUCUCAGGGUAGCAGCCAGGCGGUCGAGAAGCCCUAUUUGCGCUUGACAGGUGCCCCUGAGCCCCAGAAUGUCCGCCCUCAGAGCGUUCUGGAGACGGCACUGCCUCACGUGCUCGAGAAGUACAAGAACGACUGGCACAAAUUGAAUGACCAACUCAGGUGCGCUGCGACAGGUGAAUGCGUAUGAGUGGAAAGGAUCGUUGGUUGGGUGCGCGCGCGUCUGUGUGUCUUUCUAGAGCACAGCGUCAGGACCUGAAGGUUCAGGGCAUCGAAUCACCAUUCGCAAUAUGUGUAAGUGUAUGUAUGCAUAAAUGUCGUGCGUUACAUGAGCUUCACUAUAUGUGAAUUCCACGACUUCCUCAGCUGUACGAGACUCAUGCUCGACUGUGUCUCAAGAAUGGUGAUUUGGGACAAUUCAAUCAAUGCCAGACGCAACUGAGUCAGCUGUACACGAAGAGGAAUAUCAACCAGUCCAACUCCCACCCAGUAAAGAGGCAAACACAUAGCUCACUCGCCUCGUAGUGCUGAGCGUCUGCUGACUGACAGUUGGUGUUUUUGGUACCCCUUCUUUGUGGUUAGGCUGAGUUCUGCUGCUAUUUGUUGUUGUAUCUGGCGCACAUGGAACAUGACGUUCCGCUGGUCAAGAUGCUCGGUAAGCAAGCGCUGCUCCUAGGGUUUGGCCUAAUUUUGUGCGUAUUGGGUCUAGCUUCUAUUCCGGGUGAGUAUUACGAUGACGAUGGCAUCAAGUUUGCUCGAUCGAUGGUGUCAACUCUAAAGUACAUGAAGUCAGACGCGGGCAACUUUGUGAAGUACUUUAAAUUGGCCAGAAAUGUGAGCACAAGGCACUACAGAUGGAUGGGUGAGCACUCUCCUCAUGUCUGGAUGUAUGUUAUGUAAUGGGCCGACCAGGCUCCCUACGAUGUGCCCGAUUUGUUGGCGAUAUUUGCUCCCUCGCGCAGACUGAAGGCACUGACAUUCCUCACCAAGUAGGGGCCCGAUAAGAGGCUGAGCAAGUGGAUUAUUUGUGUAUCCACGUGUAUUGCAGAUCCUUCAAGCUGAUUAGGAUUGACGUCCUCACCCGCCUGCUCAACUUCCAGUCGGAUGAAGAAUGCGUACAAUUCGUACGGUAAGCAGUGCAUUCAUACAGCAUCACAAUAACCUCCGGGCCUCUCUUGUCUUCCUCUCGUCGCUGAUUCCCAGAUCUUAUGACGCCAAGGUCGAGUCUUCCUGUUCUGGGCCGCGUCUUGAUUGCAAGAACUCCCAUGAGGCCCUGAAAAGGGCCGCACUGCGACCACCACAGGUUCGCGCCGCAAUGGGCUGA